AUUAAAAUGAAAUGGUAUCAUAAUACCAACAUCAUCAGAGACAACACCGAAAAACAGCCCCCCGCACACAAAGAAAAUGCUGAAAAGUGAAGGAAAAGCGCUGGUAAACUCCGCCAACUGAUAGUGGCUGAUCGAUUCCAAUUGGAGAGGUUCGAUUUGGAAGCUUCGUCCUGCUGAAAUCACUGGGAGGUAAUCCGGAAAGUGGCUGGCGUUCCCCUGCCCCCGCUGAGCAACCGUGAGUGAGAGACAGGUAGUGGAGAGGGAGAACGAGAAACAGGCGGAGGAGUUGAAGAAAAGAAAUAGCAAGGAUACCGCAGGAACCGCAGAAAAUGGCCACCCAAAGGACACAGAUGCAGGCGAGGAACGCCAGUGCCAGUUCCACCGAAUCCGACUAUGAAACGCUCAUGCAAAGGCUGCAUAUCGGUGGGGCAGGACCAGGAGGCGGGGUGCCGCAGCAAGUGGGCGGGGCCCACAGCAUGAGAGGAUACCAACGUUCGCCGGGCGCCAUUGAGAACUUCCUGCAGGACAGCCAGCACAUGCAGCACUCGACUAUUCACCAUCCGGAUUAUAAGAUGUACGAAAGGAGCAACAUUAUAGCCGCCUCCAAAUAUGCCACGCCCCGUCCGGUUGAGCAGCUAAUGACGACAACGAAUGGCAGUGCCCAGAUCUAUGCGCCCACCGCCCAAAUCCUUGGCCAGAGGAUUGUGCCCCAGAAACACUCGCCGGUCUACGAAAAUCUCGAAUUUUACGGCCAAUUCGAUUCGAAUCACAAGCGGGCCCAGCCCCAGAGUCCUGGCAGCCGACAGAGCACCAUGCUGAACGACUAUCUUCUGAUGCAGCCCAUUCGCUUCGCCCAUACGCCGGUGCCGGAGCAUCCGCCGCUGGAUGCCCGGAUGGGGCGGGGUGCUGGGGCCACGGAGGAGCAUGCUGCGCCGAUUUACGAGAACAUCAUUCCCCACUCUGGGCAGCGGGCUCAACCACAGGCCUCGCCGGCCACGGCCACCAUGUACCAGGAGCUGCAGACCACCACCACCACCAAUAGUGCGGGCGGAUCCAACUCCAGCUCCACCAGUGGGCUGGAUCUGAAUGCGAUGCUGGCAUCGCCGCUCCACCAGCGCAGCAUCAGCAGCAACACGGCCAGCUCAAACUCGCUGGGAUCGCCGACGCAGCGGUAUCGCAACUUGUCCCUGCCCAGCCACCUGAGUCCCGUUCCCACAACGCACUCGGUGGCCAAACUGCAGCAACACACGCCCAUCAAGUCGCCGAUCAACGUCUCCGUCAAUCCCAACUACAUCGAGGACAUCAACAGCUCCGACUACGUCUGCAUGACGGCGAACCUUCACAGGAAUCCCGGCUUGGCCACGGGGAAGGUGGCCACAGCAGGAGCAGCCCCACAGCGCGCCUUCCCAGAGCCUAGUGUCAUGCUACCAUCCACAUCGGGGGCAGGAGCUGGCGGAGUAGCGGCACCUGGCCCAUUGCCAGAGACCGGCGCCGCCUCUUCAGGAGCGCCUGCCUCAUCAACGCCAGCAUCGGCAGUUCCUUCGCGGGCCACGCCCAUCGCAAUGACAGCCCCCCUGGCGGUGGCCACAUCACCCACUCCCUCCCAAGGAAGCACCGCGGUUAAUGCCGCCCUGAAGCCCAGGAGAGGUCUCACCAAGAAUCUGCUGCCGUACAGCGUCACCCCGCCGCGUCCGGCUGGUCCCACGGAGGCGCAGCGCAAGAUCGAGGAGCUGACCCGCCAGCUGGAGGAGGAGAUCGAGCAGAGCGAGGAGCACGGCGAAUACUUUGGCAUAUGUCACACCUGCGGCGAGAAGGUCAAGGGCGCGGGUCAGGCGUGCCAGGCGAUGGGGAAUCUCUACCACACCAACUGCUUCAUCUGCUGCUCCUGCGGCCGGGCUCUUCGCGGCAAGGCCUUCUACAACGUGCACGGCCGGGUCUACUGCGAGGAGGACUAUAUGUAUUCGGGCUUCCAGCAAACGGCGGAAAAGUGCGCCAUAUGCGGCCACCUGAUCAUGGAAAUGAUCCUGCAGGCCAUGGGCAAGUCGUAUCACCCGGGCUGCUUCCGGUGCUGUGUGUGCAAUGAGUGCUUGGACGGAGUGCCCUUCACCGUGGACGUGGAUCACAAGAUCUACUGCGUCAACGACUACCAUCGCAUGUUCGCCCCCAAGUGCGCCAGUUGCGGAAAAGGUAUUACCCCUGUGGAGGGCACCGACGAGACCGUGCGGGUCGUCUCCAUGGACAAGGACUUCCACGUGGACUGCUACAUCUGCGAGGAGUGCGGCAUGCAGCUGACGGACGAGCCGGACAAGCGCUGCUACCCGCUGGACGGGCGCCUGCUCUGCCGGGGCUGCCACCUCCAGCGCCUGGCCCUCCAGUCCUCGCCGCACGCCCGCCACCAGGAGCCCGUAUGCGCCUCCUACCAGUACAUGGGAUAGAUCCCAUGGAAUGGGCCGCCGCAUGGGCCCGGAGGCCGCCCGCCUCUCUUUGACUGAAAAAUGGCGCACAAAAGCAUUAAAAUUCAUUCGAAUCACGAACAAACUAUCGCAAUCAACAUAUUCCAACUACCAACUACCAAUUACCAAUAUUAUUCUUAAACGAAAAGUGAAACAAAUGCAUUUAUAUACACAACUGCUA